AUGCACAAGCUAGCUGCCACCUCUAGUGUACCCUCCCUCCGCCUCGCACUCACCCACGACUCGGACAUCACUCCAUCAAAUUCUGACACUCAACGUCCAUCCUCUUCCGGCGCCCUCACCCACCCACCGAGCCCCUUGCAGCGCGUCAACUCUCAUCCACUGUCCGUGCAGCUGCAACGCUCUCCCUCCCAAAAGCAGAGGAAACCACCUGCCUCCCAUAGCAGCUACGGCGUCGAGACCUUUCUUGGUCCACCUCCCUCUUAUAGCACUCAACGCACUCUUUCCCAGGAACGCGUUCGUAGCCUCGACCGCAACGGUGGACUGCCUCGAACGACCAACCCCAACAACACGACGCGUGACACGUCACCAACAAAGUCCAAUGAACUGCUUGUGGAACCCGAAUCCAUUACUUCAAGACUUCCAUCAUCCCUAAACCCCGACGUCACCACUUCUCCCAAUCCUGAUUCCUCAGGGGACGAAAUAAACCCCCUCGAGACCUCGAGCUCUGUCACUGCCGACUCCCAAACUCUGCUCACCCCCACCUCGAGCAUGAGUAAAAUCUCCCCUUCGGCUGUUGCCGCCGCCAGUGGAGAUGAAAAGGAAAACAUGGGUGCGCAUCAUCUCAAAGUCAGAACCCUUGAGGAUGAUAGCAAAGGUUCGAGUAGUGAUGAGCGGAAGAGUGAGGAUUUGUUUCUGAACAUUGCCAAAACAGACGCAAGCCGUGUUGGUGCGCAGUCCAAGAUGGACAAGCGACGAUCGCGGAUAUCAUUGCCUUUCUUUUCCAAUACGCGUCCUUCAACUGGUUACAAAUCGUCCCCGAUUCACGAGCAAUUCGACACUGCGAGCAUGUCGGGACGCUCCGAUGCCAUCAACUACUACAGUAAGAGGGCAUCCCUUGGUCAGCACAUACCUGGUGCAUUGUCCAGGGCAUAUACUCAAGAAACAAUCUCUCGCGACCUUCCCGCGAAUACACACGCCACUCACAGCAACUCUCCUGCCGACCUCCCCAGACGAGCCAUGUCACGGCGGCACUCCAAUGCCAAUACCGAAGCCAGCCGACAACAACGGCCGAGUACUGCUCGAACCAACCGUCUUGUAUCUGAAGCCGGCUUUCAAGACCGCUCUCGAUUAGUUGACCACAAUGCAACUGAAUCGACCAUUUCCACCACAGCGCCAUCAGAGAUUUGGGAUGAACUUGACGAUCUGAAAUCGAGGAUUCGAAAACUCGAGCUCACAGGUAAAUUACCUCCAUCUUCGGCUGCUGCGAUGACUUCUUCCGAGAGACCAAAGACGGCGACUACAGCAGCCACAACCAUGUCAUCUUCCCCAAAACAGAAAUCGACUGUCCCGGCAUUACAGUCCGCAGUGGAGGGAAUUCCAUCCAAUGUACAUCCAUUACUUCAUGAGGCUCUAGGUAAUGCCAAAGGCGUGCUCAGUACCGAAGUGUACCAAAAACUCCAAGCCACGGCUCAAGAUGCUUUGCAACUGUCUUUAAUGAUGCACCAUGAGGGAUCGACUGUAGGAGGAAGCACAGUCGGUAACCAUUCCUUGACCGAGAGGCAGGUUCGUCGACGAACAGAAAGCAUGUGUCGAAGCCUGACGGAACUUGCCAUUGCCAUCUUGGCAGAGACCAAGCCGGCACCGGCGCCAGUAACGCGACCAGCUAGCAGAGAUCAUUACCAACCACUUUCUGCGGGCUUACGAAGUCGUCGAUACAGCAACGAUAUGAAUGAUCGACCACCAGUGACAUCCAGAGUACAAUCUCGGCUGGAUAGUCGAAGGACUAGUGCUCCUCUGGGUGCAGCUUUCAAUCCACAACCUUCUGCAGAUUAUCCUUAUCAGACUCCACCGACAGCUCUACCACAGAUCCAAACCAAUUCGUCAUCCAGGGUGGGACGCACACCAACGUCUUUCCGUAGUCGAAGAACACCAGGAUAUCUGGACGGAAACACAGAUGACGAGGAAGCUAGUCCAUCUGUCCGACCAGUCAGUCGCGCAAUGACCGAAGUCAGCACGUAUCGACAGAUGGCCAGGGAUCGAGCUGCCUACUCAAGAGAGUACACAGCACAACAUCCAAUGCCGUCUUCUAAGGAGACAACGCCCGUGACGAGGAGUGCUAUGCCAUCCAAUUUGAGCACGAAUCUGAUCUCCAGGCGCAAGUAUGCAUCUCCCGGCAGUACUGUGGGAGUUCAAGAGGAAACCCCCGUGACGCCUAAAGACGCAUGGGGUCGUAUAACAAUAGUACCCAAUGUGGCAUCCAGUCCCAUUGAGCCCGCACUGGACAGCCCAGCCAGCAUUAGACAACCCAAUUCUAGGAGGAGUCUAGGAUUCGCCAGCAGAAUUAGUAGUGUCAGCAAUCGACUACGGCAAGCCAAGGCGGAACGAAGCACCAGUCUUCGAGAGACGGCCGAAGCACGAGCAGGUCGUGAAAAUGUAUCACCAGGACAAGAGUUGGGAAAUCCCAUGGUUGAAUCAGACAGACAAGGCCAAGGUUCCGCCGGUCAGAGUUUGGAUGGGUGA